CCAGUUAUCGUUGAGUCCUGUUGAAGAUCGCUCCGGCAGUCGGGUUUCGAUUUUAAAAACAAAAACAAAAAUGAUUAGUUAAUUUGAAAAAAAUUUUUCUGUUUAAAAAAAAAAGACAGUAAAUAGUUAAAAUGGUAAAGUUGAAACUGAAAAAAAAAUUAAAACGGGAAUAAAUUUAGGAAGCUGUUCGUCGAAAAUAAAACUCAUUUCGGAACAAUUAAAAGUAAAAUAUAAUAUUUUAGAGAGAGUAAAUAUAAAUUAAAUGAAGUAAGUUGAUAAAAAGUUAUUGAGCCUUGGAGGGAAUGUCGCGGGUGAUGAUCAAGCUGGUGACUGGUAACUGGUGACUAGUGUCUGGUACUGGUACUGUACUGGUCUUGAGUCUUUGGCUCGCUAGUAGCUGUUGUGCAGCUGGAGCAGCUGUAACGUGACAAUGCCAGUUACCGCGGGUAUGCGGGACAUUGUUAUGUGAUCAGCUGAUCUGUUUUUCUGGAUCCGGGUUCAGAUAGAAUAAGUUGUAGUUAUAGUUAUAGUUGUAAAGAAAUAAAAGUGAUUACAAGACGGGUAUUUGUUGUGAUUUUCAGAAGGUGCUGUGAUAUUUCACAUUUAGCUGAUGUGAGUACUCGGGGUGCACAUGUGCGCGUGUGUGUCCGAGGGCGCGAAAAACGCAUCUGGUAACGCAAGGGAGAUAAGUGUGUUGUAAUCAUGCCGGCUAGAAAAUACCGAAGGGAUACUAGUGAAGUGAGCUGUUGCCUCAAGUAUGUGAUCUUUGGAUUUAACGUCUUGUUUUGGUGGCUGGGCCUGGGUAUAAUGGCAGUUGGAGUUUGGGCAUGGAAGGAAAAGGAAACGUUCAGCAAUCUUUCCCGACUUACCAACGUGGCACUCGACCCGGCAUUUAUCCUCAUUCUAGUCGGUACAAUUACUUCGGUAAUUGGGUUCACGGGAUGUGUGGGUGCGCUCAGGGAAAAUACAUGUCUUCUUGCAACGUACGCCAUAUUUUUGGGAACGUUAUUACUACUAGAAAUGACGAUUGGAGUGCUGGGAUUCAUCUUCAAAGACUGGAUAAAAUCCCAAGCAACCGGAGGCUUUCAAGCGUUUAUAAUUCACUACAGAGAUGAUCCUGAUCAACAGAAUCUCAUCGAUUGGAUUCAAGAAGACUGGCUUCAAUGCUGCGGUAUCGAAGGACCAAAGGACUGGGAUCGUAACAACUAUUUCAACUGCUCUUCGAGUGAGAUUGGAUCGAGUGAAGCCUGCGGCGUGCCUUUUAGUUGUUGCAAGCGGGAGCCCAACGUGAGAAGUAUCACCAAAAAUAAACAGUGUGGAUACAACGUCAGAAAGCCUGGAAAUCCAGGAGAGAGGAGUAUAUUUGAGCGAGGGUGCUUGAGGGCAGGCGAAGAAUGGCUAGAACUAAAUCUCGUCCCUGUAGCCGGCACUAUUGUGAGCACGAUGGUGCUCCAGACUUCGGACGUUUCUAUUUACGAAAAGGGAUGCAUACAAGCCGGCGAGGAGUGGAUGGAGAAAAAUUUACUCGUUAUUGCUACCACCGCAAUUAUUACUGCUUUUGCUCAGAUAUUGGGAAUAUGUUUUGCGCAAAAUCUACGCGCUGACAUAUUUGCACAAAAAGCAAAGUGGCACUGACAAUCAAGAGCCCCCACGGCAGUCUAGCAUCUCAUACUCCUGGGUGCUGAUCGAUCGCGUUGAAUAAACUUCGCCAUGUAUAACUAUAUAUUCACAAACAUAAAUAUAUAUAUAAAUAUAUACAUAUAUGUGGUGCGUGGUAUAAAGUCGCUAUUGCUACUACUAUUGCUGCUAUUACUUCAAAUAUAUAAAAUACAUUC